AUGGUUCUCUACUGGGUCAUAUUUGUCCUGGCGCUCCCUGGAAUAUGCUUCGCCCUACACAGGCUCUCCUCCCUUGUCAACGCUGAUCAGGUUGCUCCCGUAUACGUUAUAAACCUGCUGGUUUCUGACCUCCUUCAAAUCUCCGCCAAUGCCAUUUGCAGCACACUGAAGGUACAAGGCAUUGAAAACAAAUGUAAUACAGUUAGAAUUCUUUGGUACUUUUACACUUUUGGUUUGCAAGCUAACGUGUUCUUCAUGGUGUACAUAGCAGCAGAGAGAUACAUCAUGAUCGCUCAUGCUUUCUGGUACGUAAACAUACAGAACUUCAGGACGGCAACCGUCGUGUCAAUCACAAUCUGGACCUUCUCAGCCACUAUAUGGACCAUCUCUUUUAUAUUCAUGUUUGCACGAUUCAUUCUGCCUCCUCUGCUGCUUCUCCCGUACCUCCCUGUGCUCUUCUUCUUCGUGGGCUCGUGGCGAGCGCUCUCCAGAACCACAGUGCCCCCUGCUGACCAGCGGCGUGUCAUGGCGGUGUUGGCCCUGGUGCUGUGCAUGUACACAGUGCUGUUCCUGCCUGCUGUUUGGGUGCAGAUUGUGGUGUAUGCAACAGGAAACACCACGUUCACGCCAGCCAUGCACUCUGCGGAGAUCCUGGCAGCACUGAACCCGCUGUUUGAUCUUCUGCUCUACGUCUUCAUGCGUCGUGAUGCUAAAGAGGUCUGCAAAGACCUGAUGUCCUGCUGUCAGAGAAGCUCGUCGCAGAGGACAGAGGCUCAAGUUUACACCAUACAGGAAGGAAGCUCUUCACAAACUACAGAGGGUCAAGUUAACACCACACAGCAGGGAAGCACAACGCAUAGUACAGAGACUCACGCCUGA